ACCUCACGUUUAAUGUGUGCGCAUCGAGGGGAUUCCAAGGACAGUAAUUGUAAAAGAAGCCGAGAGGUUUAUUAUUUUUAUUUAUUUGUAUUGAAGAAGCAGGCGUAAACAUUCUUUGCCUUACAGGACUGCCCUCAGCCCCCCGUCAGAGAGGAUGGCACAGGAGACCAACCAGACGCAGGUGCCCACGCUGUGUGCCAUGGGCUGUGGCUUUUACGGAAACCCACGUACCAACGGCAUGUGCUCCGUCUGCUACAAGGAGCACCUGCAGAGGCAGCAGGGCCGGAGCAGCCCCCCAGCAGCCUCCUCCUCCCCCUCGGUGGUCAGUGGGUGCGGUGCCUUGGGGGAGAGCACCCCAGUCCAGUGCACAGAGGGGAGCCCCGAGUCUGAAGAGAGCGAGACCAGCACCCCCAGUCCCGUCACUCAGCAGAUGACAGCGAUGAGCAUCUCCCGGGACGACAGCAUGACUGAGCUGGAGCGAGGGGACAAGGAGGCAGAGCAGCAGCAGCAGCAGGAGGAGGAGGAGGAGGGAGGAGCAGCCAAAUCAACAGGUUGCCCCGUUGCAGUUUUGGAAGCGGUGCAGUGUUCCUCUGAAGGGGAGGAGAAGACACCAGACAAGACGAAGAAAAAGAACAGGUGCUAUAUCUGUAGGAAGAAGCUGGGUCUGACAGGAUUCGAUUGCCGCUGCGGGAACCUGUUCUGCGGGAUCCAUCGCUACUCUGACGAGCACGGCUGCCCGUACGACUACAGGUCAGAGGCAGCAGAGAAGAUUCGCAAGGAGAACCCCAUUGUGGUGGCAGAGAAGAUCCAGAAACUGUGAAAACGUUACGUUCCCGUGCAAAAAAGAAAAACUGACAAUGAAACAAACCUGAGGACGAAACAGGUCGUUGUGACACAUCUUGAGAGACCCCGAGAAUGCUUUCCUAUACUGACUAGAGGCAUCCGCAGGGGGCCACAGGACAAAAGGAGAAAACGAUUAAAAAAAAAAAAAAAAAAAAAAAAUUUUAAUAACUGUGUGUGUAUAUAUAUUUAAAAAAUCCAAAAAACACACACAAAAAAAAAAAAUUAAGAGCGAGAGAGAGGCAGUAUACUUUCAAAAGCUACCUUUUACCUUUCUGAACUUGGGGAUAAUGAUGCAAAUGUGUUUCAUGUAAACAGGGAGCUCCUGAGCGUGGUUUGAAACUUGAUGCUGUUUGAGAAGAGAAUGGUGGGCUCCCGUGUGUGUGUGUGUGUGUGUGUGUGGGGGCGGGGGUGGGUAGACUGGCAUUAAUAUGUGACUAAACGAUUUUUUUAAAAUCCGCUUAAGACACCCGAUGGAAAUUGGUACAUUCAACAUCAUCGGCCACUGGUACAAAGUUUGAAUGUGAGAGAAACAAGGUCUGGGAAAGACAAGGAAAACAGUGGUGGUGUAACUAGAAACAGCAUUGCAUUGUUUAGCAGUUGUAUUGACUUUCUAACGAGACAGAUAUAUAACCUGCAUUUUUUUCUCAUACGUACAAAGGCAGACUUUGGACCUGGUGUAAAUUGGAGCGAGGAAGCUCCUUUUUUUUUGUUCUGCACUGCACUGCACUCCACGUCUGCUUGGCUUGUGUAACAGGUUACAAGAUCCUUCCUAAAGUCUUCAUGCUUCAGUUCCAUGCUGUCCAUAGGAAACCAUGUGGGGUCAGGUGGGAGCCUUUGAUUUGUAACGCAGGAAGGAAGCAGGAGAGAGGAAGCCAUGUGCUUCCACCACACAAGCAGUGCUGCAGCAGAGCAAACUGUCCACCAGUGUUAAGAUCAGAGACUUGUUGUUGCACCUUUUUAAAGUACCUGUUUAAUAUAAAAUACAGACUCCUGGACUAUUGGAGUAGAGCUUGAAGUGCCGAAUUUACAGUAUACUGUACAUAUGUGUUCAUCUUCUAACGGC